GCCUGCGGGCGGCCGACGGCGCGCGGGGGCAGGUUCUUCGGUCGCGGCGCCCGUGGGUUGGGCGGCGGGGUGCGGCCUGGCGCUUCCGCCCUAGGUCGAGUAGGGAGCAGAGGCAUGGAGCCCGGCUAGCAGCCGACGCGAGGCCUGGCUGGGUGAGGAGAGCGGCGGGCUGGAGGUUGCACACGUGAGAGGAAAUACUCUUUUUGGGCCAGAGUCUGGGUACAUACGAAGGCAAAUUCUCACCCUCUCACAGACACACCUAGGAAUCGCCACUGAGAGGAUCGCGUCUCUAAAAGGCUUUUUUGAGUGUUCUCAGAUUUGAGUUUAGUCAAUAACUGUCAAGCUGGCUAGAAGACUGUUCUGGAAGUGGUGGAGGCACAUCCUAAGGUUCAGGAUGAGCACAUGCUGCUGGUGCACCCCGGGCGGGGCCUCCACUGCCGACUUCCUGCAGCGCUACGCGUCCAGGGCCCCGGGCGGCGCGUCCCCCGCAGCAGAGGAGUUCCACACCGCAGACGAAGACCUCUGCUACUGCUUGGAGUGUGUGACCGAGUACCACAGGGCUCGCGAUGAGCUGCCCACCUUGCACGAGGUUUUAUGGGAACUAGAAACCUUACGUCUCAUAAAUCACUUUGAAAAGUCCAUGAGGGGAGAGAUCGAGGACGACGACGAGUUGUACAUAGUGGACAGCAACGGGGAGGCCCAGCUGUUCGACUUCACUGGCCAGGACUUCGAGAAUAAGCUUCGAGUUCCGAUUCUUGAAAUCCUGAAAUACCCUUACCUGCUUUUACACGAGCGUGUCAACGAGCUGUGUGUGGAAGCGCUGUGCCGGAUGGAGCAGGCGAACUGCUCCUUUCAGGUGUUUGAGAAACAGCCUGGGAUCUACUUGUUGCUGGUCCAUCCUAAUGAAAUGGUGCGGCGUUGGGCAAUCCUGACAGCAAAAGGCUUGGGGAAGGUGGAGCGGGACGACUACUAUGACCUACAGGAGGUUUUUACGUGCCUCUUCAAAGUCAUCGAGUUGGGGCUUUUGGAGAAUCCGGACAUUUAUACCACCUCUGCCCUCGAGAAGGGGAAACUGGUCGUCCUGCCCUCGCACAUGUACGACACGAGCAGCCACAAGAACUACUGGCUAGGGAUCUGCAUGCUGCUGACCAUCCUCGAGGAGCAGGCCAUGGACUCGCUGCUGCUGGGCUCCGACAAGCAGAACGACUUCAUGCAGUCCAUACUGCACAUCAUGGAGAGGCAGUCGCAGGAUGAUAGUGAAGAUCCUUUCUGGCCAGCAUUGCACUGUUUCAUGGUGAUUCUGGAUCGCCUGGGGUCCAAGGUCUGGGGUCAACUUAUUGAUCCGAUUGAGGCAUUUCAGACCAUUAUCAACAAUGCAAGCUACAACAGAGAGAUCCAGAAUAUCCGGAACAGCUCUGUAAGGACCAAGUCCGAACCGGAGUCGUGUCUGGAUGAUAUGGUGACUUGCAGCCAGAUUGUAUACAAUUACAAUCCUGAAAAGACCAAAAAGGACUCGGGCUGGAGAUCGGCCAUUUGCCCGGACUAUUGCCCAAACAUGUACGAAGAAAUGGAGACAUUGGCCAGUGUGCUCCAGUCGGAUGUCGGUCAAGACAUGCGCGUUCACAACAGCACGUUUCUGUGGUUCAUCCCUUUCGUUCAGUCUCUCAUGGACCUUAAGGACCUGGGUGUGGUUUACAUACUAGAGGUUAUUAACCAUCUGUACUUCCAAGUCAAAGAUGUCCUCAACCAACCAGUCGUCACAUGUGACAAAGUCACUGAAUUUUUUUCCCUGAUUUUGGUGUCUGUGAUCGAGCUCCACAGAAGCAGGAAGUGCCUGCACUCGCUCUGUGUCAACUCCCAUCGGUGGGUGGAGGCCGUCGUGAAGUGUGCCAGGCUCCCCACCGCCGCGUUCGUGCGGAGUUCCGAGAAGUCGGCCGGCAGCGGCUCCAGAGGACCAGCAGCGACAUCACUGUCCCUGCAUCCAAUGCCGUCUAACUCGGUCCAGCUGGCUUGUGUGCAGCUGAUUAGAAGUCUCCUUAAAGACGGUCAUCAGCUUGGGCAGCAAACUCUUUGUAAGGAAUUCUGGGAUAAACUCAACUUAUUCCUGCGAGGAAAUUUAUCUCUAGGUUGGCAGUUGACUAAUCAGGAAACCGAAGCGCUACAGUCUUGUUUAAAGCAAAUUAUUAGAAACAUGAGACUCAGAGUACCUCAGCAUACCGCUCUGGUGGAGCUGGCUCCUUCCUGUAAAACUCCUCCUGCGUCUUGUGGUAAAGAAGAAAGUGAAGAAGCAGGGAAGGCGUGUGGAAAAGACCUGCGCUGUCUGGAAAGCCCAACGUUUUCUAAACCGAUGAAAGCUGAUGUGUGUCAAGUGCAACAGAGGAGCCUAGUAAGCAAAGUGAGUAACGCCAUGGAAGAGGAUAAUGGGAAGAAUUACAUAAAAGAUUUGAAACUGGAGGACCAUCUGUCAGCUGAGUCAUGCUUAAAGCAGAGUAGUAAAAACCUUUUCCCUGAAAGAGCCCAACAUCAAGUUAAAGUAUGUACAAGGAAGCAGAAUCCUGUAAAACAUAAUUGCUCAUGUGCACCACAGAACUGUACUUCAAGAAAUAGCCCGGAAAGGGGGUGUGGCCAAGGAGCGACUAUGUCCAUGCGCCUGUCGGCUGAUUCCGGUGCAGAUCCUCCGGAGAAGGGGUCCACAUCAAAGGAGGACUUCUCUUCACAGGAUGAUGUCCUUGGCAGAACCUCAAAAGCAAAAACGAGGGCACAGAAAAGUGAAAUCUGUGCUAAGUUAUCACAUGUAAUAAAGAAGCAACACAGGAAAAGUGCUUUGGUCAAUAGUACUGUGAAAUUAGAGGGAGACCUGACGGAAUCUAACAUUGAGAAUGUCUGUUCAAGGCAAGGCACAGGAGGUCAGAAAGGGGACAGCUUCCUGCACGAUCUCACUUUAGACCCUGAGGAUAUUCCAGAAAGUAAACAUGGAGGGUGCGGAUCUCCUAGCAGUAUAUUGCUGAAAAAGAAACAAUUGAAGAAGGAAGAGUUAGGUGGGUUUUCUUCCCAUGAAAACGAUUGUCAAAUACAGGACUGUCAUUUUGAUACUAAAGAUUUGGUCUUGUUUGCAGAAGGGACCAGUACUUCCAUGCAUAGAGCAUCUCCUUUUAAAGAUCCUAUGAGUUCACCUGAAUCAACUCGAAAGAAAGUUAGCAAGGGUGCUGAUCAGGUUUCUUCUAACUUGAUAGAACAGGUCCCUAGCAUCACCCUUCAGUCUGACAUCUUAACAGAUUCUCAGGUGGACAGAGAUCUCCACAAAUUAUCAUUGAUGGCUCAAGCCAGUGUUACCACAUUUCCAUCAGAUUCAGCUCCAAAAAGCUCACCCCAGCUACAAAGAAAAGUAAAAGAUAAAAAAGGUUUCAGAGCCAACCAAAGUGAUGUCAGAGAAACCUGCUGUGGACAAGUCAUCAUCAUCUCAGAUUCCGACGACAAUGGUGAUGAUGAAGGAAUCCUGGAUCUGGAGAGACACUGGAGACGAGAUACAGCGUGCGCUGGGGAGGAGUGUCCCGAGCCACGUGCUUCGAUGGCUGGUGCGGACGUGGAAGGGAAGAUGACAGAAGAAGAAAGGACAAAUUCCCCCUUGGAGUUUGAGGACUCCGAUUCUCAGGUGUUUGAGUUUGAAAGCCAAAGGGACAUAUUUUCAGUUUGGCAAGAUCAGACACCAGACAAGAAUUCAGGUCAAGGGGAUGAAAAGAGUUCGUGUUGGACUCCCGCGGCAGAUACCACCAAUGACUGGGGCUAUGAUACGGAUUACCCCAUGCCCGAGGAAGUUACUGAAAAAGAAUCAGAGGGCACCGAGCGCGCACAACCACAGAGCAGUAGUACUGGUGAGGAAUCCUGUGCAGUUCAAAUAAAAAAACCUAAGAGGAAAAAAAUUGAAAGACCAGUGGCUAAAGAUGGUUUAAGGCCUUCAUCUUCUGUCAGAAACGAGGACCAGUCUGACACUGGCAAUGAGAGUGAGCGAACUGAAAAUAACAGGAGUGCAGGCGCAAGGACCGCUCCCAAAGCAGGUGCUCCGAGAACCGCCUUGGUUUCCCUGAAGAAGGCUUCGCCAAAGCCUUGUACUUACUCCAGACCCGUUCGGAGAGCCCCAGCUCCCAAAACUGCCAGGAAGACACAUUCAGACGCCAGAAGAGGGCAGAAUAAGGGCUCCCAGUGCAUCAGCUGCAGGACGGUGCCCUUCAUAGUGCCGCCCAAGAAGGACCGCCAGUGUCCCGAGCCCGCCUCCACCGCGGAGCGGCUCGGGCUGAAGAAGGGCCCUCGCAAGCGCCAGGCCUUCGACCUGUCGCAGAGGUCUCGGGACUGCACAGCGCGGUUACGCGCCCACGGCAGAAACGUCGGCGCCAUUGAUACUGGAAAAAAGACUAAACUGAUUUCUCCUCAGGCUCAUUCUGUGAAAGAUAAGAAACUGCUCGUGAGUCAAGAUCGUCAGUUUCAAAGGCAGACGAGACAGAGGUCUAAACAAAACAGGCAAGGACGCCCUGAUUCUACACGUGCCAGUGCCGCGAGAGCGGGACCACGGGCGGCUCGGAGCUCUGACGCAGCUGCAGCAGAGCCGGGCCGGCCGGGUUGCAGCGACAGAGGAGGGACCGAGGUCGUGGCUCACAGCUGUGGGAACCAGUCGUUGAGCUGCGCGUCUCCUGAACGAGGACCCGCUAAAGCACGAUCUGCUCCUCGGGCGGCUGCCGGGGCUUGUCUUUCGGGCCCGUGUAGUUCCCCAGUGUUCAAUGGAAGACGACCAGCGAGCGAAAUCACGGUCUCCACUUCCGAAGGCACUCCAGCUAGAGGGGACCUGACCGGACAUCACCUAGAGGUGGCAGCUUUGAAGAAGGCAGAGCCUGACGACGACAGUGACCCGGAGGGAAAUGAUCUCUUUUUAACACAACACGAUCCCGAAGAUAUGGACUUGUGUUCGCAGAUGCAGGACGAUGACGAUAAACUCAUCGAAGUGGUUCCCGGGGAAAACAGAGCUCGGGGAGAAGAGGAUUCUGCACACCAGCCUCGGUUGGAGUCUCUCAGUAGCGCAAAAUGUAAGCACCAGGGCUGUGUCGAAGCUGUGAAGACCCAGGGCGACUGCUGCUCGAAACACUCCGCGGCCAAAGCGGCCGACGAAGACGUCUUCCGCAAACCUGGCUUGCCACCUUCUGCCUCUAGACCUUUGAGACCUUCCACCACUAAGAUUUUUAGCUCAAGUGGUACUUCACGGACUGCUCAUCUCUCCAAGUCUUUGGAAAGCAGCUCAGCACUUCCAGCUGUAAAAAAUAAGUCAAGUGGGGGACGGUCUGCUUUGAAAGCACCACAGCCAGCCCCUCCGGGGUCUCCGAAGCCAGCGGGCAAAGGGAAGGGAUUGUGCAACAUUCAUUCUUCUCCGGCGUCUCCGGGGUCUCCGAAGUCACCGGGUGAAGGGAAGGGAUCGUGCAGUGUUUAUUCUUCUCCGGCCCCUCCGGGGUCUCCGAAGCCACCGGGUGAAGGGAAGGGUUUACGCAACGUUCUUCGGUCUCCAGUGUCUCCAAAGCCAUUGGGUGAAGUGAAGGGUUUGUGCAACGUUCUUUCUCCAGCUCGAAGUAAUUCCAGCAGACAAGCUUACAAACUGCCGUUUGGUGAGAGCAGACCUCUUCCAUCUUCUCUGGACAGCACUUCGCCGCAGUCCGUCUCUGACACCUUCGUUAAAGAGGUCUUGAAGUGGAAAUAUGAGAUGUUCGUGAACUUCGACCAGUGCGGGCUGCCAGCAAGUCUUUGUCAGACCAUCUCAAGACCUGUGCCUGUCAGAUUCCAAGAUUGUAACGAUUAUUUUAACGUUUUCCUUCCUUUGAUGGUAGUGAAUACUUUCGAAUCAGUAGCACAGGAAUGGAUCAGCUCUCCAAAUAAAGAAAAAUUCUAUGAGUUGCAUUUACGAAAAUUUCCUGUAGAAUACAAAAAAUACUGGGAGUUUGUUGUUUCUCUUCAGGAUUGUGAACUAGCUAAACAGCUUCACCCGAAGGAGAAUGACUUGGUGUUUUUGGUCCUUGAACGACGGAGUGGAGAGAAGAGAGAUGUGGAGGGGAACCCUGUCCAGGGUCCCCGUGAAUACCACUGCGCUUACGUCCAUAAAUUCCGCCGCACGUCAGCCCUGCGUAAUGGGAAAUAUGAGUGUUUCCUUUGCAUCCAGACUCAAGAUGACUUGCCAGUCAAUCUGAACGAAUUUGUAAAAUGUAUUGUAAUCAGUUCUCUGGUAACUACGCAAAGGAAAUUGAAAGCCAUGACGUUGCUGAAUGGUCGGAACCAGCUGGCCAGAGCUAUCCUGAAUCCAAACCCCAUGGACUUCUGUACGAAAGAUUUACUGACCACGACAUCGGAGAGAAUUGUGAGUGAUGGUUGUGUGAUGGCGGGAAGUCAGAAGGUGUCCUGUCCUUCGACUGCCUACCUAAGAGAUUUCAACGAAGAACAGAAGAAGGCGAUCGAAACCGCCUAUGCCAUGGUGAAACACUCCCCGGCGGUUGCCAAGAUCUGUCUCAUCCACGGGCCCCCUGGGACGGGGAAGUCGAAGACCAUCGUCGGCCUCCUGUACCGCCUGCUGACGGAGAGGAGGGGGCACUUGGAUGAAAACUCGAACGCCAAGAUCAAGCAGAACCGCGUGCUCGUGUGUGCGCCUUCCAACGCGGCCGUGGACGAGCUGAUGAAAAAGAUUAUUCUUGAAUUCAAAGAAAAGUGUAAAGACAAGAAGAAUCCUAUGGGAAACUGUGGAGAUAUCAAUUUAGUACGUCUGGGGCCAGAAAAGGCUAUUAAUAAUGAGGUCCUAAAAUUCAGUUUGGACAACCAAGUCAACCACAGAAUGAAAAAAGACUUACCAUCUCACGUUCAGGAGAUGCAUAAAAGAAAGGAGUACCUGGACCAUCAGCUAGAUGAACUUUCCCGCCAGCGUGCUCUCUGCCGAGGUGGGAAGGAAAUGCAGAGGCGAGAAUUAGAUGAAAGAAUUGCUCAUGUUUCCAAAGAAAGGCAGGAACUUGCUUCUAAAAUUAAAGAGGUUCAAGGACGCCCGCAGAAAACCCAGAGCAUCAUCAUCCUGGAGUCUCACGUCAUCUGCUGCACCCUGAGCACGAGCGGCGGCCUGCUGCUCGAGUCCGCCUUCCGCGGACAGGGGGGCGUCCCCUUCAGCUGUGUCAUCGUCGACGAGGCGGGGCAGGCGUGCGAGGUCGAGACCCUCACCCCACUCAUCCACCGCUGCAACAAGCUGAUCCUCGUGGGCGACCCGAAGCAGCUCCCCCCCACGGUCAUCUCCCUGAAGGCGCAGGAGUUCGGCUACGACCAGUCGAUGAUGGCCCGCUUCUGCAAGCUGCUGGAGGAGAACGUGGAGCACAACGUGAGUGGUAGGCUGCCCAUCCUGCAGCUGAACAUGCAGUACCGGAUGCACCCCGACAUCUGCCUCUUCCCCUCCAACUACGUGUACGGCAAGAGCCUGAGGACCAACAGGGUGACGGAGACCAUCCGGUGCUCGUCGGAGUGGCCGUUCCAGCCCUACCUCGUGUUUGACGUCGGAGACGGCCUGGAGCGGCGGGACAACGACUCUUACGUGAACAUUCAAGAAAUAAAAGUGGUCAUAGAGUUGAUCAAACUUCUCAAAGACAAGAGAAAGGACGUUACUUUCCGGAACGUUGGCAUCAUAACCCAUUACAAGGCUCAGAAGAUGAUGAUUCAGAAGGAGUUGGACAAAGAAUUUGAAGGAAAAGGGCUCGCGGAAGUAGAUACCGUGGACGCGUUUCAGGGUCGUCAGAAAGACUGUAUCAUUGUCACGUGCGUCCGAGCGAACGCUGUGCAAGGUUCAAUUGGGUUUCUGGCGAGCUUGCAGAGACUGAACGUCGCCAUCACACGAGCCAAGUACAGCCUCUUCAUCCUGGGCCACCUGCGGACCUUGAUGGACAAUCAGCACUGGAACCACCUGAUUCAGGACGCACAGAGGCGCGGCGCCAUCAUCAAGACCUGCGACAAAAACUAUAGACACGACGCAACGAAGAUCCUGAAACUGAAGCCCAUGCUGCAGCGAAGUCUGACCCACCCCCCCGCCCUGGCCCUAGAGGGCUUCAGCCUCCGGGGCGGCUCCCCCAGCAGCAGGCCUGACGAGAUUAUCAAGGCGCUGUCUGCGUCUUUCCUGAACGGCACGGCCCCCGACCCUAAGGAAGCUGCUGCUACCGCUGCUGCCAGGGACCCCGAGAGGCCUCCAGUUAAGGACCAGCCGCGGGACCCACGACUGCUUAAGAGAAUGGGCCUGAGCUCUGAAGCGCAAGGGAAGUGCCUGAGGGAUCCGGAGCCCUCGAGCCCCCAGCACCAGGGAGCAACGCCCCCCUUGGGUGAGCCCGGCUUCCCUGGGAGCCCCCAGGUGCCAGGCAGCACCAUGGAGUGGUCCACAGCCACAGGGAGCGUCCACAGGCCGCACGCGCCGUGUGAACCUCCUGCUGCCAGUGCCGCCGCCACGACAAGCGUGUAUGACCAGGAGUGGGGGCACAGCCACCAAAGAGACGCCAGGGCUUUCAGGGACUGGGACCAGGAGAUGCCUAGCCCUGCAAGCCAUCGCCCCAAGAGGAACUCGGGCCGGGACCGGAGACCGGAGAGGGAGGACAGCCGCUCAAAGAGGAGGAAACUGUAGGGAAGCCGGGGACAAGCACCCCGGCCACAAGCACCGCCGCCAGCUUCAGGGGGCCGGCCGGUGGGACUGUCCAGAUAAGACUCGCGUUUCCUCAGAGGAGUGUGUGCGCUGCCGGAACGUGGGGAACGCAGCCUGACCCCAGGGCCUGUGGGUCACCCUAGGUACCUUCCUGCCCGUAGCAAACCCUCCCAGGGGGCGUGCGAGUGUCAGCUGUGAUGCCCGAGGCUGCGGGCUUGACCGCCGGUCUCUCGUUCUCCUGUAAAAGCGUCGGUCCCACCGAGUGCGUGUCGGAGAAGCUGAAAUACGCAUUUGCAUAGCAAACGGCAAAGUCCUUUUAAAGUUUAAUCCGUAGACCGCUUUUCUCUCCCCUGCUUACAAUGCUGAUUAUUUUCACCAGAACCAACUUUGUUUUAAAAGAAGAAAGAAAAGCAGGAGAGAGACAGGCCCUCUCGGUCCUCGUGAGGCAGGCCGGGCGAACUGUCUCAGGUGGGAACGGAACACCCGCUCCGAGGGAAGGCUGGGAGGGGGUGCAGGUCCUUGGAGUUCAGACCAGGGUCAGAGCGGGCGUCUCCUGCGGCCUUCGGGAGCUCUGUCGGCCUGUGAGGACGCGUGGUGGUGCAGUGUCCCCGGUGCGGGGCCUGGCCCCCGCGGGGUGGGAGGGACCUGGACAGAGGAGCGGGCGCCAAGUCUCAGAGCCCAGCUUCCCGAGCACGCACGGAUCGCCCAGGGACUAUCCCAAGUGAGAACGCACAGCAGCAGCGGCGGCGGCUGGCAGGUGUGGAGCCAGGCUCGGGGCGACACGCUCCACCCACCAGCUGAUGGGGGGAACAGGCCCUGGAGCUGGGUGGGCCCCGCUUGAAACCUUCCUUGUUUUCUGCUGCUUAAGCAGACAGGGCUCUGCACUCCUCAGAGAUUUCUACCGAGUAGAUUACUGAGAGUUGUUUAAAAAGCAGCAUUUGGUUGCCGAAAGUCUCGGCACCACACUUCCCCAUGACCCGUGUCCUCCCUGGUGCCCAGACGGCGCUCCUGUCAGCAGGGAGCACGCCCUCCCCAUCUCGGGGGAGAGGCAGUCCUGGCCGAGCCAGAGAGGGCGGUGCGGGGUGGGGCCGGGGGCCCUUGGAGCUUCACGCGUGUGUCUGGGCACGAGAGCUCAUUGCUGCUCCGAGUUUCCUUUUCUGCGACCCUGGCAAAGUGCUCGGUGGAGCAGACCCUUGCAGUGGUGACCAUUUAGGAUUAAAAACGCUGUGAGCUGGGGCACGAGACGAGACCCACGAUGCAGUGAGGACCGCAGGCCCAAGCAGUGUCGCUUUCCAGAAAGCUUGGCACCUGCCCCCUCGGGGCGUCCCCGCUGGCCCGCCCGGUCUGGUCGUGCACGAUCCAGUCAGAGACCUGCACUGCCCUUCCCAAGGAGCACGCCUGUGCCCCGGGCCCCUCCCGGGCAGGCCCCUCCUGCCCAGCCUUGCCCUGGAAACCGUUCCUCGUUCAGCUGGUGAGAGCAUUUGUGUAAAGCCUUUCCUGUGUGUCGCAAGGCCAUUCUCAAUGUGGCUGUCCCUCACGGCAGUGUCGCUGCGGGAGAUCAGUUCACUGCAAGGUGAGGAAGGGCCCAUGGCUUUGUCCUCGCCCGGGCGUGGUGAGAACCUGUCUUCUCCCACUGUCUGUUCUUUCAACACAAGUGGGUUUCACUCUGCUUCUUCGGUGCAACUGGCCUUGGGUGCACAGGUCACGUUUCACGCAGUGUCAGGAGCCAGUUUUGAUAAGUACAUGUCAAUAAUCUGUAAAUGAGUUUUAUAACCGAGAUGCACUAAACUAUUUUCUGAAGCUAGUUGUGCACAUUAUAAUUUUUUGCUGGAGCUUUGAUUUUUCUAUGCUCUGAAUUCCCAGCAGGGAUUUGGCAGAUGUUCAAUCUGUUCUCUUUGUUAAAACUUAAAUUUUAAGAGAAAAGAGCAGAAUUAAAAAGUGGAAACACGA